CCUACUGUCUGCAGUCCAGUGUUUAGUGCUGACCCAGUCGACUCGUUAUAAAUGGCUCAGCACGCUACAGAUACGCUCCUGGAGCUAAAACAAAAAGUUGGCAGUUGUAUCGACGAAGCCAAGGACAGGCUUCAUCGUCUUAGUAAAGACAUAUGGAGUUGCCCAGAACUCGCAUAUGAAGAAAGAAAGUCCCACGACAGGUUAGUUACAUUUUUCUCAGAGGAGAAGGGAUGGACUGUGGACAGUCAUUUUAAGCUCGAGACAGCAUUCCGUGCCAUAUGGGGACCUGUCGGUGGCAAGGAGAACAAUAAUGUCAUAAAUGUUGGUUUCUUGAGUGAAUACGACGCACUGCCAGGCAUUGGACAUGCAUGUGGCCAUAACCUCAUUGCGGAAAUAGGAGCUGCUGCAGCGAUCGGAUUAAAAGCUUUGGUAGAAAACACACCCGAUUUCCCCGUCCCUGUACAGGUGACAGUGUUGGGAACCCCAGCAGAAGAGGAUGGAGGGGGUAAAAUCGACCUGAUAAGGGAGAGAGCGUUUGAUGGCAUGGACGUGGUAUUCAUGGCUCAUCCCUCACAGGAGGAUGCUUCCUGGCUGCCAGAUGUGGCUGAACACGAUGUCAUAGUGAGAUACCAUGGCAAGGCAUCUCAUGCUGCAGCCUAUCCCUGGGAAGGGGUCAACGCGCUGGACGCUGCUGUCCUUGCCUACAAUAACCUUUCAGUGCUCAGACAGCAACUCAAACCAGACUGGAGAAUCCACGGUAUCAUCAAGCAUGGAGGGGUGAAACCCAACAUCAUCCCUGCCUACACAGAGCUGGAGUACUAUCUCCGAACUCCCUUACGUAAAGACUUGCCCACCAUCAAGGCCAAGGCUGAGAUGUGUUUUAGAGCCGCUGCCAUGGCAACUGGCUGUGAAGUUGAACUGGAGUUCGCAAGGAAUGCCUUUCACAAUGUCCUGCGGAAUCCCACCCUGCAUGGGUUGUAUGAGGUAAACGGCAAGGCUUUGGGGAUGGAAUUCACUACAGAUGAAGAUGUCCUCAAAAACACCUCUGGCUCCACAGACUUUGGCAAUGUGUCUUUUAUUGUUCCCGGAAUCCACCCUUACUUUUACAUUGGCUCAGAUGCUCUAAACCACACAGAGGAAUACACCGUAGCUGCUGGUGAUGAUAAAGCUCAGUUCUACACCCUGCGGGCGGCCAAGGCCCUGGCCAUGACAGCACUGGAUGUGCUGCUGUGCCCAGAGCUGCUGCAGAGAGCCAGAGAGGAGUUAAAGGAGGCUAACCUAAAGGAGGAGCGGGCCCUGAGAGGGGCCUCAGAGGCCAAACAUUGUGGAGGGGCAGCCCAGCACUGAACCACAUACUGUAUACUAACAGUAGGCUCUGGCAGAUAGCCUACCAUGUCAUCUCCUGCCGACCUGAUUCAACCAAUCAACUUCAUGAUCUCAUUGAAAUGAAUUACCUAACUUAGUGCGGGGCUAGAACAAAACCCUGUGAUCUGUAGCUCUCUAUUGACCAACGUUUGUGUUCACUGAUCUUUCUGGUCAAAGGUAACCAUAAUAGAGAGAAAUACUACUGAUCCGCUGGUCAGUUUUGAUAUUCCAACAGCUGAUGAUGGGCUAUUGAUAGGAGGAAAAUCUUAAUCAACUUGAUUUUCAGCCAUUCAUGGGGCCCUAAAAACACUAUUUGGUGCUUCUACCAAAGAUAUGAGUCUCUGUUAUGUGUGAGCACUUGAAUUGUUAUUAUCAUUACAUUAUAAAAACACCCUCAUUACAUUUUGUAAAGCCUUUUUUUGUAGGAUAUACCUUUCCAGGUUUUGGUUGAAAUUAGGCUUAACUCCAAACAGAUGUCAUAUCAAUGUGGCAUUGGAUAAGCCUAAAUGCAUUGGAAAAGCAGGUUUAAUUUCAAAUACUUGGCUCGCCUGAUCACUGGGCUCAAAGAACCAAUCACACAACACAAUGUCUGUUGGAGACAGACAGGUCUCCUUAUAAGGCGCCACUCGCCCGCCCACUGGUCAUUCUCGCCUCUCUUCCUUGCGGAAGAGACUAUGCUCACUAUGCUCACUAAAGUCUUCCUACUAAACUGUUCUCAAGCGAACAGUAAGGUUAACACUGCAAAACUUGGGGCCUCAGCUCCUGUCGAUGGUGUUGAGUACUGAUCAAAAGAAAAGUUUUGCUUUGAGUAUACAGCUAGCUAUCGAGACUUAGUUAGCCCACACCGCAAGGCUCGCUGGAAAGUUAGUUAAACACACCAGCAUUACUACCUGCAAAGGUAACAUUGCUAGCUCCUGUCUCUUGUCUAGCGAGCCCGAAAGCUAGCUAAAAACACUACAACGGGCUAGCUCUCGCCGGAAGACUUAACUAAGCUGGGUAAUAUGCUAAGUCAGCACUCGCUUUCCCGUGCACCCUGUGCACGGUAUGGACUUUCCCAAGACCGCCCUCAAGUGAAGGCUGUGAAGAGCAGUCCUUUUGUGGGCCCUAUCACCCUCACAGCCUGCAGGCGAGGAGGCUACCACGCAACCUCAACCCACAUGGGUGGAGGUAGCAGAGAGUUACCCAGAGGACCUCAAACCACUGUUUGAUGAGCUUGCAGCGGGGGAAGGGGAAGGGGACCUUGUCAUUGACAAGUUUGAUGACGAGGAAAUGACUGGCAUCUUCCCAGAGGAAGAAGAGGGGGAAGAGGAAGCCCCAGGCUUGAGGCCCUCUUCCUACCUCAGCGGAGCUAGGAUACCCAAAGACAGAUUCGGACUUAUCGAUGUCUGCAGACGGACAGUGAUCAGACUCAAGAUCGUGGAGGAGGACAAGGGCUUUGACAAGCCGCCGGUGGUCGAGCCGUCACUGGCUAACCAACUCAGCCCCAGUGCCUCGUCAAUGACCAGCACUGCUCUCCCUGAAGCGUUUUACCGCCUCCAUAUUCCAUAAGGUCUACAUAUCUGCGGCAUGUUCUGUAUGUGAAUUGAACGUAAUGUCCCUACUGUUGGCUUACCAGGCCAAUUUGUUGCUAGGCAAUAUCUUAGGCAAAGGCACAGUCAUCUAGUACCUAUGGGACGAGAUCUGUCAUUGCAGAUCUCAACCUCCGGGCCUCCAGAGUCGUCAUACAAGGUUGUGGGCGCGCCAUGAGCCUUGCAGUGGUGGAGCCUUGUGGCUCAACAUGUCCAGCCUCUCGAACAAGGAAAAGGCAGAUUUCCUCCAUAGUCCUAUCACACCGAAGGAACUGUUUAGGCCUGUCGCCAUCAUAACUGAUACAGAAGAUCUUUGUAAGGUAGGCGAAGCCUUUAACUUCUGCUUGUCCCCAAGAUCUGGGUAACCCGCUCUCCCCUUCCAUGAGCCAAGG